AUGGGUCGAAACAAAAAAACUCGCUCCUCUGUACCUGUGGGAGCGGGAGGAGCUUUACCUCCAAUGGAUGAUAAAGUUGACUUGAUUCAAUUAUUAUCUACCAUCACUUCCCCUACCGAAGAUGAUGUAUUAAACUUACUUUAUGCUCGUUUUAAAUCCGACCUACCUUAUACUCGUUUAAAUGCUUCUUCCCUCGUAGUCGUGAAUCCCAAUAAACCUUUAGAAUCCAUGAAUGAUGCAUCGGCUAAAGAAUAUGCUGAACAUUGGUAUAAGGAUUCUACUGCCAACAUUGAUAAUCCUGCCAAGAAUUUGCAACCUCAUAUUUAUGAAUUCGCUGCAAAGAUUUAUUUGCACAUGAGAAGAUCGGCCGAGGAUCAAAGUGUGAUAUUCAGCGGUAUCACAGGUUCAGGCAAGACGGCAACCCAAGGUCACCUCUUAUCACAACUUUUAUUACUUUCCACUCAUACCAAAAAAGAAGCUAAGAUAGCCAAUCAAAUUCAAAAUGUUCAAAUUAUUUUAGAAGCAUUUGGUAAUUCUAAAACUGUACAAAAUAUCAAUGCUUCAAGAUUUGGAAAAUAUUUAGAAUUACAAUUUAAUGAACGUGGUCGAAUUGUUGGAUCGAAAGCGUUAACUUACUGUUUUGAUCGUUCAAGAGUUACGGAAAUUCCUCAAGAUGAAAGAUCAUAUCACGUUUUUUAUUAUUUAUUGGCUGGAGCAACUCAAGAGGAGCGUUCAUCAGCUCAUUUACAAGAUCCUCAACAUUAUAAUUAUUUAUCACAAUCUAAAUGUUAUCGAAUUCCCGAAGUUGAUGAUAGUAUACAAAUGGAAGAUUUAAGAGGUGCUUUAAAAACUUUGGGAUUUAAAUCAAAAGUUGUUAAUCAAAUAUGGCAAAUCUUAUCGGUCAUAUUAUUGUUAGGAAAUAUUGAAUUUACUAAUCCCGGAAAAGCCAAAGAUGAAGCAGCAAAUAUUAAAAAUCGUCACGUUUUAGAUAUGGCAGCUCAAUAUUUAGGUGUACCAGCUUUUAAAUUAGAACAAACUUUAACUUUUAAAUCUAAAUAUAUUGGAAAAGAAUUAUGUACAGUAGUUCUUAAUGCCGAAUUAGCCACCGAACAAAGGGAUGCUUUAUCUCGUGCAUUAUAUUCAAUAUUAUUUACUUGGAUCGUUGAACAUAUUAAUUCAAAACUUGAUCAAUCCGAUGAACCACCAAAUUUUAUUAGUUUAUUAGAUCAACCAGGACCUCAAAAUUUUUCUAAAAAUAGUUUUGAACAAUUUUGUUUAAAUUUUGUUACGGAAGAAUUGGAAAAUUAUGUGUUAAAACAAAUAUUUGAUGAUAAUUCAGGAUUUAAUUUGGAAAUCACUAAUGAUGGAAUUAAUUUACCUCAAAUUGAAACUAUGGAUAAUAGUGGAUGUGUUGAAUUAUUAAGAGGAGAUUCUAACAUCAUCAAUACGACGAAAUCUUCAAAUCAACCUGGUGGAUUAAUAUCAAUUCUUGAUUUAGAAAGUGCCAAAAUUCAAAGUGGAAUUGGAGCGAAUGAUUCUAAAUUACUUAGAGCAUUUGGAAUCAAUCAUUUCACUGGACAAGUUAUUUAUUCCAUCGAUAACUUUAUUGAUAAAAAUAAUGAUAAUUUAUCAACUGAUUUCAUUGAUCUAUUUAAAGAAACCCAUAAUUCCUUUAUUUUGAAAUUAUUCUCCGGACCCGCUUUAGCAAUUGAGAAUCAUCCUAAAAAUGAAAGAACUGUGGUAGUAGCUCAAUUACCUAAUAAACCUUUUAGAUCACCAAUGACACAACUUCAUGGAACACUUAAUCAAUUAAUUGGUACAUUAUCACAAACUCGAUUAUGGAACAUCUUUCAAAUUCGACCCAAUGAUGUUAAUGAACCGGAUAUUUUUGAUAAUAAAAGGGUUAAAACACAAAUUCGAAAUUUAGUUAUACCCGAUAUUAUAACUAGAAAGAGAAUUGAAUAUACAUCAUCUUAUACAUUCGAAGAAUUCAUAAAUCGGAAUGACUUUGCGAUAGGAGCUAGGGAAAUAUUCUUAUCAGAUAAUAAUUGGAAAAUAUUAGAAGAUCAAUUAAGAACCAUCGAAAGGGAAGAAAGAGUAAAAGCCAAAUUAAGAGAUGACGAAAGUUUAAGUGGAGAAAAUCGAGGAAUUGGUAAUACUCAGAAUGCAUCCAGUGCGGCAAGUUCGGUUGAUCGAUUAUUACCUAAGAAUAAUAAUAAUGAUGGAGUUGAUUAUACUGGUAGUGAAGUAGGAUAUUAUGAUAGUUAUGCGGAAAGUGAAGAUGAUUAUUUUUCACAAGCUGGACAUGAUGAUGAAGAAGGAAAUAUGUGGGAAGGUGGUGAUCGUAAAGGAAGUAACGAUGGUGAUAUUAAUGAGGAUAAAGGAAUUCACGAAGAAAUUGAAGAAUUACCUACAACCAAAAUUCGUCGAUGGUGGGUGGUAUUUGUGUGGUUAUGUACUUGGUGGAUUCCUUCAUUUUUACUUAAUUGGAUUGUUUAUAGUACAACUGAUGUUAGUUAUCAUACAGGUGAUGAUGAUUUUUGGGUUAGUGUUAGAGGUGUAGUUUAUGAUUUAAGUAAAUUUCAUUUAACCAAUCAUGCCAAAGCCUCUGCACAACAAGCUGGUUUAGCAGAAAUGGAACCUUAUGGAGGAAAAGAUGUUUCAACUUCUAUACCAAUUCCAUUAAAUCAACCUGAAACAUGUGUUAGUUUAGUUGGUACAAGUGAUUUUUUCGUUGAUCAUUUGAAUGAUACGGAUAAUUUCUUUAAACAUAGUUCUGGUACAAAUGCACAAUUUACAUCACUCAAAGAUAUUAGAUGGUAUUGGAAUAAUUUUUUACCUACAAUGGAAUUAUAUAAAAAAGCUGAAUUGGUUUAUGAUAAAAAAGAUAUUGAAGCUCAAGGUACAGCAGGAAGGAAAUGGGCAAUUAUUAAUGAUAAAGUUUAUGAUUUAACGGAUUAUUUUCAAGCACAUGAUACUUAUUCACAACCUACACCACCUACACAAGAAGGUGUUAGGAAUUAUCAUUAUUUAAAUUCAGAUAUUGAAACAUUAUUUGAAAAAAGAUCAGGACAAGAUAUUACCAAACAAAUAUUUAGUAGUCAAAUUAGUGCACAAGAUCGUUAUACAAAUUUAUUAUGUUUAAAUUCAGCAUUUUAUGUAGGAAAAUUAGAUUUUCGAAAAUCAUUUAGAUGUGUAUUUAAUAAUUAUAUCUUAUUAGCGGCCGCAUGUCUUAUGGCCUCAGUUAUCUUGGUUAAAUUUUUAGCUGCAUUACAAUUAGGAUCAAGACGUAAACCGGAAGAUCAUGAUAAAUUUGUUAUUUGUCAAGUUCCAUGUUAUACGGAAGGAGAAGAAUCACUUAAACGUACGAUGGAUUCAUUAGCAGCAUUAAAUUAUGAUGAUAAAAGAAAAUUAUUAUUCUUUAUUGCGGAUGGUAUGAUUGUUGGAUCAGGUAAUGAUAGACCUACACCAAGAAUUGUUUUAGAUAUAUUAGGAGUGGAUCCAAAAAUAGAUCCGGAACCAUUAAGAUUUAAAUCAAUUGGUGAAGGAGCACAACAAUUAAAUUAUGGAAAAGUUUAUUCCGGAUUAUAUGAAUAUGAAGGUCACGUCGUUCCAUAUCUUGUAGUAGUAAAAGUUGGUAAACCAUCCGAAAAAUCUAAACCUGGUAAUCGAGGUAAAAGAGAUUCACAAAUUAUUUUAAUGAAAUUUUUAAAUAAAGUACAUUUUGAGGAUGAAAUGACACCAUUAGAAUUAGAAAUUUAUCAUCAAAUGAAAAAUGUUAUUGGAGUGAAUCCAAGUUUUUAUGAAUAUGUUUUAAUGGUGGAUGCUGAUACGGAAGUUUUACCUGAUGCUUUAAAUAGAAUGAUAUCUUGUAUGCUUCACGAUGGACGUGUAAUUGGUAUUUGUGGGGAGACGACAUUAGUUAAUGAAGAAGGAUCUUGGACGACUAUGAUACAAGUUUAUGAAUAUUAUAUUUCACAUCAUUUAGCCAAAGCAUUUGAAUCAUUAUUUGGAUCGGUCACAUGUUUACCCGGAUGUUUUUGUAUGUAUAGGAUACGUACACCAAUUAAAAGUUCACCAUUAAUUAUAUCAAAUUCGGUAAUUGAUAAUUAUUCCGAAAAUCAUGUUGAUACUUUACAUAAAAAGAAUUUAUUAUCAUUAGGAGAAGAUCGUUACCUUACAACUUUAAUGAUGAAACAUUUUCCACAAUAUAAAAUGACAUUUACACCUGAUGCCAAAUGUCGAACUGCAGCACCUGAUAGAUGGUCAGUGUUACUUUCACAAAGACGUCGAUGGAUUAAUUCAACAAUUCAUAAUUUAAUGGAAUUAAUGUUUUUAUCAGAAAUGUGUGGAGUUUGUUGUUUUUCAAUGAGAUUUGUUGUAUUCAUAGAUUUAUUUGGUACAUUGAUUUUACCUUCUACCACAAUUUAUAUAGUUUAUUUAAUUUGGGCUGUAGCAAGUGAAAGACAAGCAUUACCAACGAUUGCACUUAUUAUGUUAGCAGCUGUUUAUGGUUUACAAGCUAUAAUAUUUAUACUUAAACAACAAUGGCAACAUAUUGGUUGGAUGAUAAUUUAUUUAUUAGCAUUUCCAUUAUUUUCAUUCUUUAUACCAAUUUAUUCAUUUUGGCAUUUUGAUGAUUUUUCAUGGGGUAAUACACGUGUCGUGGUAGGUGAAAAAGGGAAAAAACAAAUUAUUACAGCAGGUGAAGAAAAAUUUGAUGAAUCAAUGAUAACGAAAAAGAAAUGGGCAGAUUAUGAACAAGAAAUAUGGGAAGGUACGACGGCGGAAUCACAUGAUUCUAAACAUAGUGAAGUAUCAAGAUAUUCAUAUAAAAGUAAUAGAAGUAAUAAUAGAUUUGAAACAGGAAGUCAAUAUGGAGGAAGUAAUUAUGGAGGUAGUCAAUAUGGUGGAAGUCAAAAUCAAGAUUAUUUCCGAGAUACACAUUUAUCACCAAAUGAUCGAGGUAGACAAAGAAGUCGAUCACCAGUACCAAGAUAUUCACCAUCCGAACCUAGAUCAUCAAGAGUAGUUAAAAUUUUAAUGGAAAUUAGAAUUAUUUUGAAUAAUGCUAAUUUAAUGAAUAUUACAAAGAAACAAGGUAAAUAA